AAUAACUUUUAAAACACUUCUUUAGAGGAUUUAGAAGACAAAUGUCUUAAAUUGUAAGCCAUAUGUUUUAUGUCUCAUACUUGUACGUAUGUAGAUCUACACAGUAUUACAGAGUGAUGGAGUAACUAAUGCUGCGCUCACAGAAGAAUCUACGCUUAGCGAAUCGGUUCGAUCGAAUCAUUUAAAAGAAUCAUUCCAAAAGAAUCGCGCAUCGGACAUCACAACUCCACAGGCGCUCAGCGGCGUCUUGCGGAGGAGAACAGGAGCAUCUUUACUAACUUCUGCAACAGUUUAUCAAACAUUUCCUCUCGGGCUUGUUUCAACGACCAUUAGACUGCACAGCUUGGAACCGUAAACACACUUGAGGAUUAAAACCAACCGGCACAAGACGAAAAUUCAGCGCUUUUACAGAGACUCUGAAACAGAAGGAUGAAGUUAUCAUACACAGUUUUUCUCCUGCUGAAUGUCUUAUCAUUGUACGACUGUAAUGAUGCAGCGCAGGGUUGUAUGGAUAAGCACAGAGUGAUGGGGAUACUGCGUCAAAUGGACAAGUUUCUAAAAGGACAGGAGAUCCGAUUCACAGAAGGGCUUCGGAUUAUGAAGUCCAAGCUCACCAACCUUCAAAACUCACUGUCCAAGCUCCCACAAGCAGACCAGUCCUCAUCCCAAUCCUCAUGUCCACCUCUGGUGGCUCCAGCCCACGGGAGGAAGUUUGGCUCAAAGUACCUGGUGGGUCAUGAGGUUCAUUUCACAUGUUCUCAGGGUUAUCGCAUGAUAGGACAAGGAACACGCGUUUGCCAGGAGAACAGUACCUGGAGCGGAGUCAAUGUCGUCUGUAAAGAUGUGAGCGUGUGCGCCAGUAACCCGUGUCAGAACGGCGGCACCUGUGUAGAGGCUCUGAACCAGUACAAGUGCACCUGUCCACACAACUGGAGCGGGAGUCAAUGUCAAUACCAGACGCAGACAGCCCCUCCGGAGUGGAGCGUCAUGAAUGACCCGGCCUUCAGCCGUAAGCCCCGCUGCGCCAAAGUGGACCGAGCUCAGCACUGCAGCUGCGACGCCGGCUUCCACAUGAGCGGCACAUCAGACAACAGCAUCUGUCAGGAUGUGAAUGAAUGUGAGGUGUAUAAGGCUGACCGUGGAGGGCCUCUGUGUGGCCACGCCUGUGUAAACGUCCCAGGAUCGUACCACUGUUCCUGUCCCACUGGAUACAAGCUGCUCGCUGAUGGAAGAAGCUGUGAGGAUGUGGAUGAAUGUCUUACACAACAGCACAACUGCAGCCGUGGCACCACCUGUAUCAACACCGGAGGAGGUUUCCAGUGUGUUAACCCAGAGUGUCCGCGCUCGCACGGCAACGUCAGCUACGUGAAGACAUCACCUUUCCAGUGUGAAAGGAAUCCCUGUCCCAUGGAGAGCCGCUCCUGUCCGUUUGCUGCAAAGACCAUUUCUUACCACUACCUGUCUCUGCCGUCCAACCUGCGCACCCCGGCCACCCUGUUCCGCAUGGCCACCGCAACUGCUCCGGGCCGUCCGGGUCCGGACAGCCUUCGCUUUGGCAUCGCAGGCGGAGGUGACGCCCGCAGCAUGUUCGUGAUGCAGCGCUCUGACCGUCAGACCGGAGAGUUGAUCCUGGUCCAGCCGCUGCGAGGCCCACAAGAGCUCAGCGUGGAGGUGGAGAUGUCCGAAUACGCAGACCGUACCUUCCAAGCCAAACAUCUGGCGCGGGUCCACCUUCUGAUUUCACCCUACGAGUUCUGAAGAGGCUGGUCGGUGUCUAAAUUGAGUGUUGCUGUUUAGACUUGAAGAGGAAAGAAUGUUUUCCUUAUUGCUGAAGAUGAAUGAUAGAGUUGUUCUCAGAUGCGGCUCAAGCUCAGAACUGUAAGAUAUGGAAAGUACAGUGGAAAGUCAAGCUUAUAUGGAAGUGAAGUUAUGAUUUUUAAAAAUCAAAUAAAAUGCUUUUGCUUACCUGUUGAUACAUUUGUGGUUAAGGGUGAAGUGUGUCAUUUUUUUCUCUGUUAAAAAACUUCCUCCUCUUACAGUUUAAUAUACUUCUGUGCCAUCUGUUUUUAAAAUCAAAUUUAAGACUUUUAAAGACAUUUUUAAGACUGCUCAAAUAAAAUGAGUACUUUGCAUUCUUUUUUUAAUUUAAGCACUUACAUAUCAAAUUAAAUCAUAUACAUUUAAAGUUUAAUAAUCACAUUUGGCCAUUUUUUGAGUAAUCUUUUUUUUUUUCAUCCCCAAAUUAAAGAUUUUAAAAACUGUAUUUAAGACGUUUGUUAUGCCAUUUAAGAUAUUUAAGUAUUUUUUACCUUUAAUUUAAGAUUCAUAGAAGCCUUGACACUUUUUGCUCUGUUCGUCUGUCUGUCAACAUCUGGCUCAACCAAUGGUGUGAGUUUGGGGGUGGGACUAUCAUUUUUAUUUUAUUUUUUUAUUACCUGUUAAAAGAGAAGUCCACUUCCAAAACAAAGAUUCACAUAUAAUGUAUUCACCCCCCCUUGUCAUCCAACAUGUUCAUGUCUUUCUUUCUUCAGUCGUAAAGAAAUUAUGUUUUUGUGUUAAACAUUUCAGCAUUUUUCUCCAUACAAUGGACUGAUAUGGUGCCCCGAUUUUGAUCUUCCAAAAUGCAGUUUAAAUGCGGUUGUAAACGAUCCUAGUUGAGGAAGAAGGGUCUUAUCUUGCGAAACGAUUGGUUAUACAAUUUAUAUACUUUUUAAUGUCAAACGCAUUUUAAACUGCAAUUUGGAAGUUCAAAAUCGGGGCACCAUAAUAGUCCAUUAUAUGAAGAAAAAUCCUGAAAUGUUUUCCUCAAAAAAUGUCAUUUCUUUACGACUGAAGAAAGAAAGACAUACACAUGAGUACAUUACAUGUGAAUCUUUGUUUUGGAAGUGGACUUCUCCUUUAAGCCAAAAAUGACACACUUCACCUUCGACAAUCCAUUUCACAAAUCUCCUACAAAAAUGACAGUAAUAGACAAAUGUGAAGCAUAGAGAGUUGUUUCUUUUAAAUUACCUUUUUGCUUUGCAAUACAGGUUGAUGCAAGUGUGAAAUAGUACAGUAAAGUGUAUAAUGAAAAAAACAAGUGGUAAAAUGGUGCGAAUGCUGGGAAUUAACUACAACGAUAGCUUAAUUGAAAGUCUAAGGACAAACAUCAGCUAAACUGGAUGAACAGAGCAACAAGUCAUUCCUUGUUUUUAUUUCUUUCUUUUGCUUCAGUACAUGGUUGACUUCAGCUUGUAAAUAUGCACUGCUGUCAGGUUUAAACAGACUGAAAUGAACAACGGCACUUCUUAGCAUCUACCUACAUGAGAAAAGUGCCUAUUUUUAAUUAUUGUUGGAUGUUUUAUAAGAACAACGAAGUCUGAACAUUGCUUUUUUUUGUAAUUAUGCAUUUGAAUAUGAUGUAUUGCUCUUUGCAUCUGUCGCUCAUGUUAUAUCAGGUUUGGUAUCUGAUACUGAAAUCAAUUGCUGUUUCACACAUUAUUGCAUUUCAUUUCUGUCUUGCACACACAUGUUGAAUGUUUCUUAAUUAAAGUCAGAAAUUCAGUUUUCUGUGUGUUUUGAAGUCUUUUGGUUUCUUUGAUCUUACACAGAAUAAUCCUGCAAAUUAUCAAUCAAAAUAAAAACCAAGUGACCCAA